AUGAAUAGGGCAAUCACCAAGCUGAAAGUGCUUAUAGUAUCUGGAACUGCUGCUGAGUUUGAGCAACACGUCCAAUCAUCUCCUGCUGAGCAAAAAAACAGGAAAGCUAGGAUUGGCUGGCAGGUGUCAGCUGCUACGUAGUAAUUUUGGCCAAGCUCACUGUAUGACUCUCCAAAACCUGGGUUUUUGCAGUAAAUUCAGGUGAAUAUAUUUCUUAUUUAUUUUAUUAUUUAAAUUAUUUUGACAUAUUUUUAUUUCUAACUCUGGAAAUCUACAGACUGUUAGUACAGACUGAAGUGAUACCGAUUUUUGUUGCCAGUAAUUUACCAUCAUAUAGUUGCAAUGAAUGGCUAUAAGUAGAUUAUUUCCUAUAUAUUUAUUGGGGGUCUUACGUUUAGCGGUCAGUGGGUGCUUCUGACUACCUGCUCAGUGUCCAGGGUUUUACAGAAAAACCCAGUUUUUGACAAUCUGCUCUAAAGCAUGCAAGUGCAGCUCUGAAUUAUAUUAAUUCUACUAACAAGUAUCCAUAAUAUAUUUAUGCAUACAUCCUCACAUCCCAAAUGUUUGCCUCUCCGUCCAGCUAAUCUGUGCUUGGAGUUACCUGACAGAUGUCUGCAUCUCCAAUAAUGUGUUGGCCCUUGAGUCCCCUAUAUUCCUGGAAGGUAUUAUUCGGGACAGGACCGAGAACAAAGUAAAGAAAGCAAAUCAUUACAGUGAGCACAUGGGCCCAAUAGACUGGCAGCCAUUUAAGGCAGUCCUCAAGGUUUACGUCUGCACAAAACACUACUAAUGUUUUCUUGUAUCAGGAGAAAUGUCCUGGAAUAGCACGGUGCAGUGUGAUUGUGUUACAGGAUUCACCUACAUUGUGUUAUAGGGGGAUUUUCUCGUGUCUGCAGAAGUGGGACAUCAUUAGAAAGCUCUAUAGUUAUGGGACAGAGAAGUCCAACUGGGAUUGUGCCUUCAUAUCUGAAACAGUGGGUAGGUAUGCGUUCGGUUAGGUGCUGACUACUGUGGUAUAUACUUCAAAUACAGAAACACAGUUUUAAUACAGAAACACACAAUGAUGUACUUUCCCUUGCUCACUCUCCUGAUCCUUUCUGUAGAAUUCUAGAUGGUUAAAGGACAAGGAAUACGGGAGAAAGACAGCAAGGCAUAUUCUUUAGCAGAACUAACCUGAUAAGGAUAUGCAGAAAUGUAAAAUACCAGGGAGGACACUAUGUAUCCACAAUAUUAUUAUUUAAUUACAGCCCCACUGUGGAGGUAUGUGGGGGACACUAUGUCCUACCCACUAUAUAUUUAACUGAUAGCACCACCGUGGUGGCGCGGGCAGUGCACGGUGAUCUGUCCACACCCUUUCUUUAAUUUGCAGCUAGUUGCUCAAGGUUUAGCAGACAUACCACCACGUGCAGAAUUUCAUGUGUGAAAAUGGGGGUGGUAUUAAACCAACCUUGAACUAAUGUUGGAGUUAUAGUGACCACCGCAGGCAGUGUUUAAAUAUAUGCCUGCUGACUACUAGUGCCGACAGCAGGGAAAUAAUCUAUACUCUCAAGGUAAAUGGCCAUUGGUUACUUCGGGAUUAAUCAAUGUGGUGGCUCUGAUUUCUGUUUUUUUGUCAUAAUCAUUGAUCGGCCAAACUUUAGCUGAAUCACGAUUCUACUGUAAAUGAUUCUCCAAGUGUAGAC